AUGUCGUUCCUGGGAUAUUCUCACGCGAGUGGAGAUUCACAUUUCGUGGGCAAUCUGAACAAGACCUCGUCAUUUUACGAAGAAAGAGAAGGCACACAACUGACGUAUCGUCUACUACCCAGCUCACGGGCUUUGCCCGACCGUUUGAUAUGCAAGAGACUGCUGAUAUCGGAAAAUAGUCUUUGGCAGAAAUCGGUAAAAUUUGUCAGGGACGAAUUUAGAGCUUGCUCUAGUGAAGCCGAGAUAGUGGAAAGAGAAGAGAAGUUAGAAAUAGAAUUUGUCGGUCCAGAAGAAAAAGUAACACCGUUCUAUCAUCAUUGUGCCGAUCGUAUUAGUUUGUGGAGAACGGAAUUGGAAGAAGGAAACGCUGAAAUCAAAGAAACAAUUUCCUUGCCUUCAUUGUCCCAUGCUCGUAUACUAGAACGCACCUCAUUUUACCAAGAGAAACAAGAAGCUUUACAGAUUAAGAUCGAAUCCGUUGGCAGCCAAGCUAGUGUGUAUUUGCAAGGUCCGCGGAAUCUUGCCAUAAGUUGCAAAGACGAGAUGGAGAGAAUAGUAGAAUCAAUGACAGAAACACAAGUGACUAUAGAUGUGAAAAUCGCCAAUUUCUUAAAGUUCACAGCUUUUGAUAAGCUGAACACGCUCAUGGAAGACUCUCAAGUUUUCGCUUUAUGCAUACACGUAGACCAAACGUUCUUGCGUAUUGUUGGUUUGCCCGAAGCUACGAGUGCUGCUACAAGUUUGAUCAGAGGAACGUAUUCUUGCCAACGAUUGAGGGGAACGGAAGAUAGAGAGGUGCAGGCCUUUCUAAGAACUGACGAAUACAACCAAUUUGUAACAUCAAUGAUUAUUAAUGAAUCGGUGAUGGUAGAUCCUCUCUACGAGGAAGUCAAACAGUCGGCUGCACCUGUAACCCUUACAAUCGUCGGAGAAACGCCUGCCGUUCAAACCUCAGCUAAAACGCUUGAAGACUUUCUUCUGAAUGGUGUAGUGUUUACCGAUCGAGUUGAGCUCGAUUACCCAGGAUAUGCUAAAUAUCUCACUUUACAUAAAGCAGAUGAUCUGAAACAAUUGAAGGCUCGACUCAGAGAAUUCAAACCUGAAAUUGAUGUGAGGGUAAGAGAAAAAGUAGUCGUAGUGCAAUCCACAAAGUCGGGGUUAAUCAAGCUAACAGAUGGAGUAAAACGAUUAGUUGGCGCAAUCGAAUCCGAAAAGUUUGAAAUCAAGCGUCAUGGCUUAGUAAGAUUUCUGAACAGUUCUGCGUUUAGACAAGAACGUUCUCAAAUUGAAAAGAAACACAAGGUGUUGUUAUGGAUGGAUGGAGACGAAGAAGAAGAGGAAGACAUAGAAACAGGAACCAUCGCAUCUCCCAGGUUUGUUACCAGUGGCGGAAUGACUAAACAAUUGAUGGAAUACAAAGUACCCAAUAGCAUCAAGGUUAUAGCGCUCUACACGGGAGAUCUUUGCAGUCACAAUGCUGACGUCAUUGUCAAUACAACGAAUGAGGAGUUGCUUCACAUCGGUGGAUUAGCCAAAUACAUUGUGGGUCGCGCAGGAACAUCGGUGCAAGAUCAAUGUAGACGCUAUAUCCAAAAGCACAAAAAAUUACCUACUGGUGAGGCUAUGGUUACCGACUCCGGUCGUCUGACUACGACCAAGUAUAUUAUUCACACAGUAGGUCCUAGAUGGCGAUCUCAAAUCCAUAAUACGGUUGCAAGAAGAAGAGCUGGAAAACUACUGCAAAGCGCGGUGAGUUCGUCGUUAAAGCUGGCAACUGCUUUAAAAUGCAAGACGGUUGCUUUCCCGGCCAUAGGCACUGGUGUUUUGGGAUGUCCAAGUGAGUUUGUUGCAACAAAUUUUGUGCAAUCUGUUAUUGAAUACUUCAGCGGAGCGACAUCGACUACGAUUACUCAAGUUCACGUCGUUUUGCUGGACAAAGACACGGAAAAUGUACUAUGCUUCAAGGAAUGCAUGAAAAUGAGUCUCAAUCCUAUAGCAAAAGUCUUUCCUCGUGAAAUUGUAGAUGUCGUUCGAGCUCCGCCGAGAGACUUUGUUUAUAGGUCUGAAACAAGUUGGAGAAAAGAGCACGUCGAAACAGCUUGCUCGUUUUCACGCGCGUUUCAAGUGUCUAUCAAACCUGGAGACAUUACUAACGAACAGAGCGACGUCAUUGUCAACUCUACAAACCGUGAUAUGAACAUGAACUCAGCUUUGGCGUCAAAGAAAAUUUCUGAAAAAGCUGGUCCUGAUCUUCAAAGUGAGUGUGCAAGCUAUGUCGGUAACAAUGGAUCAUUGGCUUCAGGAGAUGUCUACACGAGCAGAGGACACAACCUAUUUUGUCAACAUGUUAUUCAUGUCAACUGUCCAAAAAAUGCGCAGGGUCUUUCUAAAGCCGUAGAGAACUGUCUUACUGAAGCCAAUAGAAUAGAUGCUACGUCCGUAUCUUUUCCUGCUCUUGGAACGGGCAGGAUGGGAAUGGCUGAUGACGCUGCUGCUAAAGCAAUAUUUGAUGGUAUUGAAAUGUUUGCAGCAAACGGACCGUCAUCAGUUGGUCAAGUCAAUCUUGUCAUUUAUGAUAAACCAAAAAUUCCCGUAUUUACGAAAGAAAAAAUGAGACGGGAAGGAGAGGGGACCGAAGAAGGUGAUAUUGAAGUAGCGACGGUCGAUGGUUUUCGCUUUUCCAACGGAACCACAUUAUCUGUAGAGCAAGGAGACAUUACAAGUGACGCGUCUCAUGUUAUAGUGGUCCCUACUGGAGUUAUAUUUGCUGCAGUUGUUGGAAAGUCACCAGAAACUAGGACAGAUCUUUCUGUGCGUUUCCAACGUCGCCCUAAUCCUGUAGCAGAUCUCACUGCUGGUGGUCAGCUCGCUUGCUGCCGUGUUUAUGCAAUAUCUGUUCCACAUCGAUCUCGCAAGGCUAGUGAUGACGAAUGCAUUCAAAUUAUUCAAUCUGUAGUGAGCCAAUGCCUCAAUUUAGCCAAUAGUGCUGGAUAUUCAUCGAUAGCUAUUCCAGCAAUCGGCACUGGAGGUCUCGGCUAUAGCAACAAACACACUGCGGCUGCAGUAAUUGAGGCAUGCAAGGUGUUUGCUACAAAUACUCCAGCACCCAGGCUAGUGGCUGUCAAAAUCAGUGUAUUCGAUGCUCAUCGAAUGGGCGACUUUCAGAGUGAGCUCCAAAAACGCUGUCUGCAGAAGUCUGGCGUGUUUUGGCAGUCAUUUAAGGUAGCCGUAUGCAAUCUAUUUAGCAGUGGGCAACAACCGUCAAAACCAAAGCGUACCAGAAAGCCACUGAAGAGAUUUUCUGCAGGGGAGGUUGAUCAUGUUUCCUUAACAGUAAUUGCUGAUACUCGUACUGAUUGCAAAAUUGUGCAAACAGCAUUAAAGGAGACCGUCGUCCGUUACUGUAUCGACAAGUACGCAGUUAUUAAGAAAUUUCCUCAAGGAGUUGGAAAGAACGAGCUCAAAGAGCUUGCUGCCGAGUCUGGAGUGGCUCUUCAGUUUAAUGUAGAGGAUGCUAAAGAGAGUACUGUAAAACUUACGCUUUCUGGAUAUGAAGAGGACGUUGACACAGUGUACCCAAAUGUUCUGCGACGUCUAAACGCAGCUCUGAUGGAUGAAGCUGAGACGGCUGUAAUGAAAAAAAUUAUGGAAGCAGUUCGUUGGUCUUGGAAGGCCGACGAUGGGUCAUUUAUGGAAUACUCAUCGGACGUAGCCGUCACAUUGGAGAAGGCACGAGAGGCUGGUGAUAGAUUUGUGAAAAUUAGGGUACGAGAUACAGAGUAUGAAGUAGACAUUGCUAGAGGAAUACAAAAGAGGGGUGGAAACACACCAAGGCAAGUUAAAAGAGAACUGAGAAAUCAAGAGAGUGGUGCGGAUCUUCCAUCAUUUUGGAGUGACCCAACAGGCACCGGUCGUGACUAUUCACUGCAUACGCACAAACUGAGACCAGCUGAUCCAGAAUUUCUAAAAGUCCGUCAAGCGUUUACAGCUACAGGUGGUGUGGGAAACAUUAUUUGUAUAGAGCGUAUUCAGAAUCCGAACUUAUACAAAAGUUACCAAAAAGAAAAACAACGCAUCGCAAAGGAACGUAGCACACAAAUGCAGUUGGGAAAAGCUGUGCUAGAAGUGCAAGGAUGGCAUGGAACAAAUGUUGAUUCAAUUGAGCAAAUAAUUUCCAAUGGUUCUAACAGGUCUUAUGCCGGAACUGUGGCAGGAAAGAAAUUUGGACUCGGAGUGUACUUUGCAAAGAGCGCUCAUUAUUCGCGUAGGUACUCUCCAGCAGGUCCAAACAAUGAAAGGAAGAUGCUUUACUGUGACGUACUGCUUGGGAUGUUUACUGUUGGAGAUCAAACAAUGCGUGAGCCUCCAGUCAUUGAUCCCCAAGUCAGCCGUACUGACAGAUUACUCUACCGUUUUCUCAUCCUUAUCUGAACAACAGCCCUGGAAGAAGUAUUUACAUUAACGGAAAAUUGUCAGAGAAUCCGGCCGUAUCGAUUUAGUGUGAAUUUUUUUACUACUGAUGAUCCUGAUAACGACAGUGGUAGCACCCUCACUAUUGAUAUUUGAUUUGAUGAACGUGCUGCGGUGUUUAGCUCCAAAACAUGUGGACUAGGGAAUGUUGAAGAGAGAGCGGAUAGUUUUCCGUUUGUGCUUGGCAAAAUAUUUCUUUUCACCGUAUUGACAACCGAACAGUUCUAUGCCAUCAAAGUAAAUGAUGAACAUCUAUAUUCUUUCAAUCAUCGUCUGUCUAUAGACUCUGUCAGGCGACUUGAAAUCAAUCAGGAGCAAAUUGCAAAAAUUUCUACCGUUGAUCUGUUGCAAGUUUAUGUAGAUAAAUCGUGGACUGAACAAGAUUUGGAUGGGAUGAAGGUAUUUCUGACGAGCAGGACAUCGCAAUUGAACGUCUAUGUGGGAGGCGAUGCUAGAACAGUAGCAGCUAAAUCUGUACAAAACAGAAAGCUAAAUUUACUCUCGAGAAACAGCCAGAAGGAAUAGAUGUAUACACUUUGAGAAACGAGAGAUAUAGAUUGCAAAUUUUGACAAUCACUACAGAAAAGCAACUAGAAGCGGUAUUGUAUUGUUUCGAGCAAUCGAUUUAUUUUCAACACCAUUUAUUUUACGUGUUGAACGAACGUUUAUUUUACCGAUACGACGGUUUUCUAUUUCAGCUAUGCAUGGCGUUGUCUCUUGCAA